AUGGUGAAUCACGAGGUGAAGCUGGCGGCAAUCGCCGUCGACUUGAACGUCCGGCUGAGAUCCGCCGACAUGCCAGGGACGAUGCAGGAGCGCGCCUUCCGAUCUACCAGAGCUUUUCUCGAUGCUAAUUGCCACGAUAAGCGGCCCAAUCCCACUCGCCUCGCCAUGUGUUUGAAGAAGGAGUUUGAUGGAGCGUACGGGCUUGCGUGGCACUGCAUAGCAGGGAAGAGUUUCGGGUCGUUUGUAACCCAUGCCAACGGCGGGUUUGUGUAUUUCUCGGUGGAUAACCUCUGUUUUCCUCUGUUCAAGACGGAGGUCCGGCCGCUGAUCAAACCCAAGCCCCCUCGACUAGGGGUGUGCAAUGGUCUGGUCUGUACCGAACCACACCGGACUACACUGUUGUUAAGACCGGACCGGACUAGACCGAGUAAAAUGCGGUCCGGUCCUCGGUCCUCAUGA